AAUCAAAAACAAACAAAUAAAUAAUAUAUUCGUGCUUAAAAGUAAUUAGAGUAAAAAGCAUAAGCUCAAAGUAGUCCAAUUCAAUGACUUUUAGUUUACAAUUUAAAAGUGUUCUGAAAAAGAACAUGGUAAUAGGUUGGCGUAACAAAGAUAUACUUAAGGAGAACAUUCUCCCGCUUUUUGCAGGCAUUCUCCUUCUUUUAGUCAAAUAUCUUUCAUAACUUCAGUUUAUGGCUCCACUCUUAGUACCUCUUGCCAUCAGUGGUUCAAGUAGGUCUACAUUGAUUUAAUUAGUAGAUGAAAAGGCUGAAAGAUAUAAAGAAACAUAAAAGAUUAUGGGACUGUCUUAGAAAGCAUACAUCACAGCUUGGAUUAGUUCUAGCUAUCUCAGAGGUAUUUUCAGCUCAAUUACCUUUUUAAUCAUUCCUGCAGUAGCUGGAUUAGCCUUUAUAGACUCACCAGGCCCUUUUAUAGGAGCUUACUUGAUUUAUUACGUUGCAGCAAUUCAUCAAUCUUUAUGUCUAUCUACACUAUUUUCAAAGACUAAAAUGGCUUCAGAAAUUGGCACACUUUUGACAAUUAUUCCAAUCUUUUUGGUCUUUUUAAUUCUCGUCUAAGAUAUUAGAUCAUUUGUGCCUUAUUAUUGGUUCUUGGGAUUAUUUCCUUAAUGCACAAUUGCAUUUGCUUACAUGUCUUCGUUAAAUGACUAAUCUACUUUCUACUAAACUCCUCCUGUAAGCGAUUACUAUACUGUAAAUGAUGCAAUUGGUGAAUUGGUUAUGAAUGUGUUUUUAUACAUAAUACUCUACUUUUACUUGGAUUAAGUAAUUCCUAACGAAUAUGGAGUUUCCAAGCACCCUCUCUUUUUCAUUAAAGACUUAUUUAAGAAGUCAAAUACAGAUGUCUCUUCCCAAGGUGAAAAUUAAGGUCUCAAAGAGGCUUUAAAUCGCAACGAUGUGUCUGAUAUUGAAAUUUCUCGUGCUUCUUUGGCUCAACAAGACACUUCAUCUGCUGAUUUCCAUGAACCUUAUCCAAAUGAAAAGAGACUUCCUGCCAGCGUACUUAUUAAAGGGCUUGAAAAGAAAUUUGGUGAUUUUACUGCAGUUAACUAAAUUUCUAUCAAACUUUACGAAUCAAACAUUUUCUGCUUACUUGGACACAACGGUGCAGGCAAAACAACCACCAUUUCUUUGCUCACAGGCUUACUCAGCAAAACUAAUGGACAAGUUCAAAUGUAUGGAAAAGAUCUAGAAACUGAUAUGGAUGAUAUUAGAAAAUUUAUUGGAUUGUGCACUCAAAGAGACUGUUUAUAUGACGAUUUGACUUUUAUUGAGCAUCUGAGAUUAAUAGGAAACAUUAAGGGUUUAGAUGGCUAAGCUCUAGAAGAUGAGGUCCAAUAUAUUUUAAAUAAGACAGGAACUCAGCAAGAAGCGAAUAAAAUGUCCAAGGAACUUUCUGGUGGUUAAAAACGUAAACUUUCACUUGGUAUGGCUCUUAUUGGAGGAUCUAAAGUUAUAUUCUUGGAUGAACCUACUUCAGGUAUGGAUAAUUUGAGUAGAAGAGCUAUUUGGGAUAUUUUAGAGUCUGUUCGUGAUGAGAAGCGUACCCUUGUCUUAACAACCCAUCACUUAGAUGAGGCUGAAGUUUUAGCAGAUAGAAUCGGUAUCAUGGCUAAGGGUAAAUUCUUGGCUGUUGGUUCAAGCUAGUUUAUUAAAAAGAACUUCGGUGAAGGUUACUCUUUGAGAAUAUCAGUAGAAGAUAAUCAUUUAUCUGAAUUCUAAGGCAGUUGGAAAUAAGAAAUCAAGUAAAUUAUAGAAACAACUUUGAAAGACACUUAACUCAAUCCUUAAACUUAAGCCGAUACAAUUCUUUACUUAAUUCCUUUCAGCGAAUAACCUAGGUUCAUAGAAUUGUUCAAAAAACUCAAAAAAUUUGAGCAUGUCAACAUUGAUUUAGUAAUGAACAGCUUAGAAGACGCAUUUAUCAAUAUUGGUAUGGAUGAAGAGAAAUUCUUAGAAAAAAAUAAAACUCGUCUGAGUGGUUUAGGAGAAAAAAAGGAAGCAACCAAAAAUGAAUACACAAACUUCAGCGACAUUGCAGUUCCUAAAUGCCUCGAAAAUCCACCAACCUAUAAAUUUGUUAGCUAAUUGCUUGCUAUUUUCUUGAGAAGAUACUUCUACACAAUAAGAAAUACAACAAACUGGAUUUCUUUUAUAAUCGCUUUUGUCCUUCUUGUUUCUGCAACAAUCGUCGUAAACGUUAUAACUAUUCCAGCUGCAUUUGAAUUCGCUAAAGAUAACUUUAGAUUGACAUUUAUGAGUAACUUCCUUGUUCUUGCAUACACUUUCAAUUCUUCUAUUUUCAUUUCACUUCCAGUAAUGGAAAGAGAAUACAAUCUUAAAUACGCUCUAAAUGUUAUGGGUUGCAGAGUAGUACCUUAUUGGCUUGGUACAUUCUUGUUUGACUACAUGAUAUUCUUUUUGACUAUUGUAAUCUUCUUGCUUUUGUGUGUAGCUUAAUAACUUACAUAUGUGACUUCUGCUUUCUGGUCAGUUUUCUUCAUUUUAACUACUUUUGGAGCUGCUUAUAUAACUUCUUCUUAUUUCUGGGGUUUUCUCUUCAAAAAAGCAAGUGCAGCUCUUAAAUUCUACCCAUUGAUGAAUUUCUUCUUGAUUUAUGCCAUCCCUUGGAUAUUGUGUGGACCCAUUUAUUAACUUUACAAAAACAGCUAUAUAAACUCUGACACUUACAGCAUUUUAAAUGGUAUUGCUUAAAUACCUUCUUACCUUAUUAGUCCUCUAUUUUGUUUAUAAUUUGCUUUUAUUGUUGUCUAUCCUCAAGCAAGAACAAACGGACCAAAUUUUGGUACAACCAUUAACACCGUUUAUGGAUUCUGCCUCAUAAUCCUAGCUUCUGCUAUAUCUUUUAUGCUUAUUACUUUGUUCAUUGAAUAGAAGAAAUAUGGUCUAAAAAACACUGGUGGUUAAGAAACUGAAGACGAGAUUCUCUAGUAAAUCCCAGAAUAAGGAGAUGAGUUAGUAUAAGAAGAAAUCGCUCGCUUAAAUCAGAACAAUAACGAAACUAUUAGAGUUAAUGGCUUAAUCAAAAAGUAUGAAACGGGUACUUUAGCUGUAAAGAACACCAAAUUUUGUGUUGAUAAAGGCGAGAUCUUUGGUUUACUUGGUCCCAACGGAGCAGGUAAGUCUACUACUUUCAGCAUAUUAACUAGUUUGAUCCCUAAAACCUACGGUUCUCUCAAGAUUAAGAAUUUCGAAGUCGAUAAAGGUAUUAUGGAAAUCUAUUAAGAUGUAGGUAUUUGUCCCUAAUUUGAUUGCCUAUGGGAAAAUCUUACUCCUCCAGAACAUUUAAAACUUUUUGGAAGAAUGAAAGGAUUAAGUGGAACUGACUUAAAUGAAUCAGUUGAAUAUUUCUUAUAGACUAUGCAAUUAACUGAAAUGGUUCUCAAGAAGGCAGGUGAAUUAAGUGGUGGUAAUAAGAGAAAGCUUUGUGUUGCUAAUGCUCUUAUUGGUGGUCCUGAUGUUUAGUUCUUUGAUGAACCAUCAACAGGUGUUGAUCCUAUUGCUAGAAGAUUCUUAUGGAACACAUUAACUAUGGGAAUGAAAUUAAGAAACUCUGCUAUUUGCAUGACAACUCAUACUAUGGAUGAAGCUGAAUCCCUUUGCACAAAGAUUGGAAUUCUUAUUAAAGGCUAAUUUUAAACCCUCGGUACUCCUUAGUAACUAAGAAAUAAGUACGGUUCUGGUUACAAUAUUACAUUUAAACUUAACAAAAAUGCCUCUAAGGAAUAACUAGAGAAAAUGAUUAAGAUGUAAUUCCCUAACGCAUUCAUGAUUUAAGACAAAAGGUCUGAUUAUUCUACUUUCUAAAUUGGAAAAGAGGAAUUCUAAUUCUUAGAAGCCUUUGAAUUAUGUGAAAACAGCUUGAAAAAACAAAACUUAGUUGAUGAUUUCUCAAUUAACUAAAGUUCAUUAGAAUAGGUUUACUCUCAAUUUAGUAAAUUCCAAAUCGAAGAAAACAAUGAAUAAUUAUUACAUAAUCAAAUUAAAACAAUUGAAUGAAUCAAUAAAUGAAGAAAAUAUAUUAUUCUUAUGUAACAAAUUUAUUUUAUUGAGUUAAUUUUAUAAAAAAUUAAUUGAAUGUAUCAAAUAUAAAUAUCGCAUAUUAAUUCAUAUCAACAAAAAUUCAUUUUUUUAAUUGAAUAAUAAUUAUCAAAAAAAUCCAUA